CCAUUGCUGGUUUUUCGCCGUCAUUGGCACAUUCCUGUACCGAUUGGCCUUGGUUGCUGAUAGAGUUACUGUCACAAGCUACUGAAAUUGAUCAUUUUCAGGGCAAGGAAACUAAUGAAUGGAUUGGUUUCAGAAGAUAGAUUAUGCUUUGGUGCACCUUGGAGGCAUCCUCCUCAAGGCGAUGAUCCAUGAUCGUAACUGCCUAAGCCUGCCGCUAGUAGAUAUUGUCCGCUUUGGCCCGUUACGUAUCGUCGUCAGCCUCACAGUUUUAAAAUGCGUGUGCUUGGUAGAGGUUUUCACACCUUUAUAAGGAAUGCUUCGUUCCCCUCUCCGACCAACGUGGGAUCUCACCAUGCUUGAUCUUGGACUGCGCAAAGAUUCAGCUGAUGAAUUUGUGAAUUCUCUUGUGGAUGUGGAAUUUGGGGGACGGGUGGAUUCAGGAACGUGACUCAAUAAUUUCAAUAUAAGGCUUACAAGAGUAAAUGGUGCAUUCUCACCAAACAGGUUAUAGCUUGAAUGGCGCAUAGGUCUACGUUUUCCCGCUCACACAGUGACAAAUCAAACAGGCGGGUCCCCUUUUCCAUAUAGAUCGAGAGCGACCCCUUCACGAUUAUUGCUUUACUAUAUCUCUUCAUUGCCUGCUGCGGCUCCCCCCUCCACUCCAAUGCCAGCCACAAAGUUUUUGAUCAAUCAGCUCAUUCAAUCUAACUACAGAAACUUUCUUUAGAGCCAACUUUUUCAGAUAUGGAAAUGGAAAUGGAAUGAAUGGACAGGGUAUUGCCCGUCAUUCUGCUUCCCAGUUUCUCUCUUCUACACCACCACUCAGCCAUGGCAGACAUGAAGUCCUGUUCCUGAAGGUCUACGGAACCCUUAAGAAUUGGAUUCAUUUUACUAGAACUCCUUUGUGGGUCUUUUUCGUGUCAGUCCAGCAAUUUGGAGGGGAAAUGGAGCGGCCAAAUCGAGGGCAGAGAUGGGCCAAUUUGAAGCAACGGCUAGGACUGAUGAAGGGGAUUGGGUGCUGUGGAGGUUCAUGGAGUUCAACAUCGUCAACUUUGACGAUGAUUGAUGGUAUAGGUUUAAGCCGCCAUGGAAGUAGCCGCAGCCAUAGAGACGAUGGGACUCGGAGCUCUGCAGCUUCCGGGAUGAACUUGGCGAUGGCUCUGGCGGCUGAGAGAAACUUGACCGAGGAAGGAGGCCCCACCGUCGGCAAUGUGAAAUCACUGGUGAGAUUAUUUGAAGAAAUAGACGGUGGGGAUUGGAAGACGAGAAGAAAGGAGAGUGAGAACAACGGUGAUUGGUUGUGCUGCGUGUGCAUGGAGAGGAGUAAAGGUGCUGCUUUUAUUCCCUGUGGACACACCUUUUGUAGGGUAUGUUCUAGGGAACUACGGCUCAACGGAGGCACAUGUCCUAUUUGCAGCCGUUCGAUCAUUGAGAUUCUUGAUAUUUUUUAAGAUGGAAGAAAAUCCAUUUUCGUUUUGCUAAAUUAUUGUCUUCACGUGAUCUUUGUGUUUUUAUAUGAAAUAAUGGAAGAAAGGAUAAGGCAGCUGAUUUUUGGUUUGCACAA